AUGACACUUUCAGAAAGGAAACGUGGAGAAAUUAUAUCUGCGCGAAAGUUAGGCAAGUCAUAUAGACAAAUUGCCAAACUUGUUGGUUGUGAUCCCAAGACAGUUGGAAAUGUGCUUAACCGACUUGAAAACCCAUCUCAAGUAUUGCCGGAUCGUCGAGGAAGACCACCAAUCUUAGACGAAUCGGCACAAGAUCGUCUAACGCAGCUUGUCUUAAGCGAUCGGCAUAUGAUUAAAAGACAAAUUCAAGCUGCAUUGGAACAGCAAGAGGGCAAA